GAGCUUACUUGUGUCAUCUUCAGUUUCAGCUGUAAAUGUCUGUAGGAAUGGCAUGGACAGACAGCAAAGACAUUUGGCAGUCUUAGUAAGGAGCUCUGUUGGCUCUGGGCCACUUUGACAAGCUGUGGGACUUCUGAAUAUUUUGGUUUGAGUGAUGUAAGUCACCCCAAGCCACUCUCCCUGCAUUUCUCCCACCACUAUUUUUGCCUUUUUUUGUUUGGUCAUAUCCCUGCCUUUUUAUCAAAACUAUUUGGAGGGCACUCUACACACCUGUGCAUUAUUAUCACCAUUGUUCAUCACCCAAAUCCAGAGGGCCUGCAUCUUGGAUGAAGUGGAAAGGGCUAUAAUGAAGGUGACAGUGACAUUUGAGACAGGUGUGGUGGUGCCCUGCAAGGAGGGGUGGACGGUGAGGGACCUCAUCCAGCAAGCCACGCAGAGAUACAGAAAACUUCUGGAACAGGAAGGAGACUUUCUGGUUCGGACUCACCAUGUUGAAUACUGUGAUGGAGGGAUUUUGGACCCAGAUGAUAUUCUCAGUGAUCUGGUAGAAGACAAAGACAAGCUGAUGGCGGUGUAUGAGGAACAGGAAGCCCAGCAGAGGGGUGUGGCUAACACAAGCCUAGCCCCCAGCCCUGACCUCUACCAGACCGAGCUCUCUGUCUUCCAGCCAAUCGCAGGAGGAGAGAUUGAAGUGAAUUCCUCCGCCCUCAAGUCCAACACCCCCCUGUUGGUGAGAAGCAGCAGUGACUCAGCCCUCAGCCCUCAGCCGACAGAGACUGAACCAUCACUCAAUGAGGACGCCACCGGGAUGGUAGCCAGUCCCGCUGUGGAGAGGCCAGCAGGGGUAGAACGAGCUGAAGUCAAACACACCUUCAAUGGCAGCCUGACCAGAACAGUGGAGAUCAUGGGAGAAGACAGUCCUCUGGGAAUCCACGUGAUUCCUUACAGCUCUUCACUCAGUGGACGGUCUCUUGGUCUGUACAUCCGUGGAGUGGAGGAAGAGAGUCGCUCAAGAAAGGAGGGCUUGUUUCAAGAGGAUGAGUGCAUCGUCAGGAUCAACAACACUGACCUCAUGGACAAGACAUUCAGCCAAGCCCAGGAAGUGUUCCGUCAGGCAAUGCGAUCCCCAGUUGUCCGCCUGGAAGUAGUUCCCUCCUCCAACAGAGAUCGCUAUGAGAAGAGUCUGAUUGGUCAGCUGUUUGGCAACAGUGCCGGUCCUGAAAGCAGUCCCCGAAUUGCCAAGACCAAAGAGCCACCUCCACCUGUCAAAGCCAAACCCGUGUUUAAGCCCCCUGAGAAUCCAGCCAUGAGACUGGUGGAGGAAGCUGCCACUAUGGAAGCAGCUGUCAGUACACCCAAAGGAAGGAGUGAGAGCCCUCUCUUAAAGAAAAGUCCUGCCCUCUCCAGCUUGGUGACCAAUAAGAGAGGAGGCAGGAGACUGAGGAUCGAUCUAAAGAAAGGUUCUGAAGGUCUUGGUUUUACUGUAGUAACCAGAGAUUCUUCAGUCCACGGUCCCGGUCCUAUUCUAGUCAAAAACAUUCUGGCACGUGGAGCCGCUGUCAAAGACGGACGCCUGCAGUCUGGAGAUCGCAUUCUUGAGGUCAAUGGUGUUGAUAUCACAGGUGUGGGCCAAGAGGAGUUGGUGUGUAUGCUACGCAGCACGCGACAGGGAGAGAGUGUGUGUCUUGUGGUCCUACGGCAGGAGGACAUGUUCCUGCCCCGAGAGAUGAAGGAAGAGAUGUCCCGCGUGACGGGCUUUGUUGCGGAGAGCGGGAAGGAGCAGCUCAUGUUCGAAGUGCCCCUUAACGACACCGGCUCGGCAGGCCUGGGCAUCAGCCUCAAAGGAAACAAGUCCAGGGAGACGGGAGAGGACCUGGGCAUCUUCAUCAAAUCCAUUAUACAUGGAGGGGCCGCAUACAAGGAUGGUCGUCUGCGAGUCAAUGACCAGUUGGUAGCAGUAAACGGAGAAUCACUUUUGGGACGCUCCAAUCAUGUGGCCAUGGAGACGCUCCGCCGCUCUAUGUCACAGGAGGGAAAUGUCAGAGGGACAAUCCAACUAGUCGUGCUGAGGGCUAUGAAGGAUCAACAUGGGGUGUCACCCAAUCGCUCCUUCGACAGCUCCUCUGGCCUGUCGGGACUUGUGGGUCCAGUAAACGGUCAGACUAACGGCCCUAUUCAUUCCCCAAUGGUGAAUAACACUCUGUAUGCAUCUAAUGUGACCAAUGGGAGUUAUUCUUACAUGGAUGAGGAAGAGGAGGGGGAACUGUAUGGACAUGACGCAGAGUUAAGCAGCUCUGCUCAACACUCCUACCUACAGGAAAGGGAAACCUCUCACACUUCCAGCCUGGCCCAGCCCCAGUCUCCGACCCAGAGCCAGACCCAGCGGCAGUUCCAGCAUGUUAAAGCCUCCAAGAGCAUGGACCUGGGUACGACUCAGAACCAGCAGCACACUGUGGCCGAUGAGAGCAACGUGGGAUCUGUGGUUGGAAAUGCUGCAGCUCCAUCGAGUCCUGUGGAACUCGGCCCUACCCUUGGCUUGAAGAAGUCCAGUUCCCUGGAGAGUCUCCAGACAGUCAUGUCAGAGGUUAACAGGAAAAAUGAACUCCUCCCCUUCCACCGACCUCGCCCAAAUAUGGUCAGAGGAAGAGGCUGCAACGAGAGCUUCCGUGCAGCUAUUGAUAAAUCCUAUGAUGGACCACCUGAAGAUGAUGAUGAUGAUGGUUCGGAGCCGAGUUCAGGCCGGGACACCCCUGCAAGUACUUCAUCCCGUCAGGGAGUGGGGGAUCGGAUAGAGGAGAAAGGCAAAAAAGACAAGAAAAAGAAACCGAAAACAAAGAAGAAAGAAGAGAACAAGGGGAAAGGGAAGGAGAAGGAGAAGGAGAAGGAGAAGGAGACGGAGAAGAAGAGCAAGAAAAAAGGCUUUGUCCUCCUGAGAUUUGGGAAGAAAAGAGAAGAGAAGAAGGAGGCAAAAGCAGCUCUGCAGCGACAGAAGUCAGACAUCCUGAGUGAUCAUGAGUUUGAGAGGAUGAAAGACGAGAGGGAAAGGAUUGAAGCAGCGCAUCCUGAGCUGCGAGACCACAGGUCCAAAGACCAGCAGGGUGGCGGUGGCGGGUCGGUGUAUCCAGAUGUUGAGGAUGAUGACACAGACCCUAACUACGCCAGAAUACAAUCUUUCAGGGACCGAGAUAUUGGUUCAGUGCCGCAGCCACCCUCUCAGUCGCCUCCCUACAGUACAAUUCAGCACACCCAUGCAAGCACCCCUUCCCCCAAAGGCCCUUCUGCCUUUCCAGGGCACGGGAAUCAUGGUAACGACCCUGGAGCCAUCCCCGAUGACGACCCCCUUGAUAGGCUGUACGCCAAAGUCAAUAAACCGAGGGGAGCUGGAACUACAUCUCCUCCUGUCUCUGCUGCUGCUAAUGACAGCGUGGACAGGAUCCAGCAGCUGAGAAGAGAAUACCAGCAGGCAAGGAGAGAAGGGAUGGUGCCACCUUACGAAGAACUGGACACACGACGCAGAGGGCAUGAAAACGACGCUCACAGAAUGCCAGGCAGAGGGACAGAUCAUCGUUUGGCACCACGUUAUGAAGAAGUGGAACGUCAGUACGCCUCCUUACCAAGGCGAGGUCCAUUGGAUCCAGCAGACUACCCCAUGCAGCCCUGGUCAGGUCAUUAUCCCGGACCUCCCCAGGCCCCACAGGGAUACCCUCAGUCCCCGUCCUACCCAAACCCAAACUCCCAGUCUGCCACAUCUUACUCCGGCUACCCAACUGGUCAGCCAUAUGCACGACCAGGUGACCCUCGGGGAGCUGACCCCGGGUACUACCCCCACCCAAGCUCUCAGCAGAGAGGCCCCUUGCGGCAGGAUGUGCCCCCAUCCCCCACCCCUCCACUUCGUGGACUACGGUACGACACUAUGACGCGUGGAACAGGGGGUGGAGGUUACAGGUAGGGGCGAUUUGUGGAUGAAGAUGAUCCCAGGCACCUGAUGGAUCCUAGUGCAGACCAAUAUGGCUAUACUGGGGAGAGAAGAAGACAGCAACACCAAACCAACCUGAGACAGAAGAAUGCCAUGACUGCAGCUGUGAAAACGAAUCAGGUCCAGAGAUGAAAAUGAGCAGAACGCUAACUGCUUUGUAUCGUGCAGCGCUUCCUGCUUUAGGUACUCCAAUGAAAUAGAGUUUAAACCUGUUAAUGGUGUGAUCUGAAUCACCAUCAUUAUCAAACACUGUCUGCGCUCUUUGAAGUAUAUGGUAAUACACAGACAAGCAAGGUAAAGGAGGUUAAUUAUAGAGUGGCUGGCGUGAUGCAUAAUGUCUUGUUGUUUGAAGUCAUUUAAAUUGCUUUGAGUCUUCACGUAGUAUAAAAUUAGGAGGGUUUUUACUUUUCACUAUACCCUGAUUAAACUGUCUCUUUCAAGAUUCAGUCAGAGCUACAAAGGUAAUUGGAUCCGUUCAAAUUAAGGCGUGCAUACAGCUCAAUACACUCUCAUAUUGCACGUAGUGGUUCCACUGCUGCCAUUUCACAAACAAGACGAGAUAUUCUACAAUGUAACAUGUGGUAACAUGUUUACCUUGUGGUCACGUGUUGCACUUAACGGAAAAAAGGUCACUCAUUUUAGUGUCAGUGUUCUCUGUGCGAUAAAGCCAAAUUUACUCUCAAGACUAAAGCCAUUUACAAGAAAGUGAUUGUAAGGCUGAGUGAGGGUGAGCUGAGAUGUAGAGCAUAACAGAAAAUGUUCCUGUGUUCAAAAACUGUGUGAAUAACAACAAUUUAGAUAUUGUUCUGUGUUCUUGGCUGCUAAAACAAACAAACAAACAAAAAAUCAUCAAAACUCUUCAUUUACAGGACGGUUUUUCCAUCCGUGCCAGAUUAACAAUCAGAAAUCCACACAACAUUUAACAUUUUAAAGUGCAUUUUUGUAAGAACAGGGAGAACACCACUAUGCCAGCCUUUAGAAUUACAGAUUUUGUACUCGCUAGUUGUUCGAUGUAUCACCUACAGUCUUGUUUUGUGAAUUAAUUAUAGAAACGUUUGAGUAAUUGAAGUGCUCUAAAGCACAGUUGAGCACCAAAUGAAUUAUCUUUACAUGUAAUAAUAGGUUUUCUAUAAGUCCUUUAAUUUUUAUCCUAAAUUUUUUUUUUGAUAGGAAUGCGUUUAAAUCUUUCUUCGCGGAGGAUAAGGUUUAAAUAAAGUCUGAAAACACUAAGUUUGGGUACCCACCUCUGUACUUUUAAGUGUACUGACCAUUUUACAUUGAUAAAACCCAGUACCGAUCCAUGUAAAAAUUAUUGGUGCCAAAAGUUGAUUUUGCCAUGCGCAUCUGGGUUAGAAUGCCAGGUUUAGAAAAGAGGUAGAAGUGCGUCCCAUAGCCUGGAAGCUGGCCACAGAGCUAUGAGACCUCUCUGUUGGCUGCUUCAUCUGUUUCCUAGCAAACCAAAAUCACUGCAGUGCCGAUUAUUUUCCACAUCUUAUCCAUUUUCUUAUCUACAGAAUCUUAGAAAUUGUUGAGUAUCACUGCUAGGUGAGCAGACACAAGCAGACAGAUAGACAGAGACAGAAUAUUAGCCUUAUGUGUGAUUCGAAAAGGGCAGAGGAGCGGAAUUUUUUUCUAGUCUACUACAUCACAAGUGUCAUUACAGAGACGGUAAAGUAACAAAAAGGUACUGUUGGGUACCAAUACCAGAAUCAGUAGCAGUACCAAUUCAAAUGUGACACUUGCCCAGAGCUACAAACCACACCUGGCUGUUGGUUUACUUAUUAAUGACCCUGCUUCAUACUUACACCCACAUAAAAACAUUUCAAACCACUCUGUAGAAGUACCGAAUCUCAAACUGACAAUUCAUUUAUAUUCAUUUUAAGGUUAUAUAACCGUGAUCUGACUUAUGUUUGUCUUUGGGUAACGUUCUUCAAAGUGACCUCUACUUGAAUGUAUGGAAACUCAUUGGAUUACACUUUCACAGUCACCAGAACUUAAUGCACGAUACAACCUGUGUUUAUUGAAUCAUUCCAGCCUGAUUGGAGUUUUUGCUCACUUUCUGGUUUUCCAUCAGAGAUCCAAUUCCAAGGUAAUCCAGCGAUUUAAACAACAAGCUGACAACCACAUUUUUCAAACUUUCAUCAGAGGGCUUAUAUCAGCCUACAAACUUUUACAUCCUAGAAGAAGCUAAGAGUGGGACGACCUUUUAAUAAUACUGAGACCUCCUGUUACAUGACAACCCAAAGGAAGAAAUACACAUCCCAAAGAAAGAUGAUUCCAACACCUAGUUUAACACCAUUACAGCUUUUUAUUGCUGCCUUUUUCCUGUAAUGGGACUUAUGCAAUAAUCAGGGAAGAUCACAUAUGUGAUAAUGGUGCUUGAAGAUGAUAUGUGGGGAACACAAGAAAUAAGCAAUAACUCCAAUAAUUUGCAAUCGUUCUUUAUUUCAUAAAAUGUAACCAAACCACUACAAUGGGCACCAGCUAUCUCAUGUCAGUCGUGUACCAUUUUCACUCUUAAUGAGCUAGAACAAAGUGUUUUUGCCUUGGAGAUGUCCAUGCUGUUGGGUAAACCAGGCAGAAAAGGCAACUGGCCAGUAACAGAGCUCAUUUUCACUCUGUAUAACUUAUCGGCCUCUUUUUCUCUGUGUUGUCUGUGUAUGCCAUGUACUGUAGUUUUAGAUGUUCGUGGCACAUCUCUGUGACCUGGUGGUGUAGGCGUCACUGUGUGGUGAAGAGCUCACAAGUCCUGUUGAAAACAUGAAUUGAGCUUCAGAGUGCUCUUCUCAGUGCUGCACCACAGUCUAUAUCCAUUUAGCCACUUACCAAACCAUCAAUUAAGUGUAACUAAGAGGUAGAGUCUAGCUCAACAUUUCUGUGUUUCACUCCAAAGCUCAGCAGUAUUCAUCCCAAUGAAGAUUAAAUGUUUAAAAUGGCAUUUUAGGAUGAGGUGAGUUGCAUUUCUGUUUAUGUGACUGAGGAUAAAAACCCACUGAAGUGAAUGUAAAAAUGAAGUAAUUUGACUGAAGCUCUUGCAAAAGAAUGUGAAGUAGAUUUUGUCUCUAAACCGUCUCAUUUGCUUGUUUGUUUGACAGAUCUGGGUCUUGAUUGGAACGAGGAAAGUAGGAGAGUUGAAGAGUUUAGAGAAACAGAGAAAGGAGAAAAGAAAGGAACAGAAGUGAGGGAAAGGCAGAGGUGCAGUGCAGGAAAAUUAAGCAAGGUAUGUUGAGAGGAAAGAGGGAUAAAAGGAAGAAGUUAUAAACUGAAAGUAGGGGUGGAAGAAGGUGGAAGAAAGCAUGUAGUGCUCGACUGAAGCAUCUGUGGUUCACAAAAGUUUUAAUCAGAGAGUUUUCGAGGAAGAGCAGAGAAAGGAAUGAGAGUUCAUAAAUAUUUGUGCGUCUGUUGAUCUGCAGUAGGAGGAGGGUUACAGGAGUGGGCUUUGUAUCAACUGAAUGUAGUGACUUUGGGAAUUUCUUAAAAAUGUUUUUUUUCAUGCUUUUAUCACUUUUCAGCACCAGUAUGGAAAUCAAACUUACAAAUAAAACUGUCAAAGUAUUACUGAAGUACAGUACAACAAUUAAGCACAGGCUUAGGAUAUUGACCUAAUGGUCAAUAGUGAAGCAAUACCAAAAUAGUUGACAUGCCCCUUUAGAUCAUUUGCUCUUUUGCUCAAUGUUAACAUUAACAACAGUAGCAGUUGGCUUGCCUCCACAAGGGUGAGUGAUAGAUUAUUGUGCCUAGCAAAACCUUAGAUAUUACCAAACUUCCAGUAGGUCAAAUGGCAGUUGGCUUGUAAAAUGUGUAAUUAAUCCAAGUGUAAAAUGUUUAAAUUAUUAAAUUAAAACAGAUUUGUGUGGUGGUGGAGGACUUGAUCAUCCAUAACCAGUCACUAGAGAUUACCUGAAUCUAAUGUCAUUUUAAGUCCAAACUAAUGUGUCAACAUGUUCUCAUUCCAGCGCGUCACAUGUUGCAGCUUGAUCAGUCGACUUCAGCGUCUACAUAUUGCGAGUUAGGUAUCCUUUAGCGUCUGUUGUUCACACUGCAUGAUGCGGCUGCCCCAAUGUCAACAAAUGCACAUGGAGGUAAUGAUGUGGCAGGUGGUUGUAUUUAGGCAACAACAGCAUGGAUGUUUAGGCUUAGGUGACAAAGUCAUGGAUGGUUAAGAUUAGGGGAAGGAGGCACAUGAUAAGGUGAAGAAAAAAAAAAUCACAUUCAAAUGGGAAGUGAACACCAGAUUCUGCACCAAAGUCCCACUUUUUGGGACCCAUCCACCUCCCCUCUCGCCGGCCCUAUAAACGCCCAUGUGCUUCUUAUAUUACAUGGUUACCGACAGCAUUACAACCUGACACUGUCCUGACACUUUUAAUGGCCACGUGACAGGUUCGGUCCACCUGUGUUUUCAAAUGAUGCUGCCCGUGUGCAUAUCAGGUUGGACAUCUACACGGCGUGUAUCGUAACAACGUGCCCAGUUCUGUCCGGCUGUGUUCUCAGCUAAUGCUGUCCGACAGCAUCCCAUGGGCAUGUGAAAGAUGCCUUUUGGCGUCACGCACUUAUGUCAAAAGCACUGACAGAGCGGAGCUAUUUGACGAGUUCGGAUUGAGAAAAGGCUGGAUGUGUAGCCAUGCCAACUUAUCUGUUUUGCCGGGGGACGACGUUGAGAGGACGUGUCGAUUUAGAACAGACUCAAUAGCAAUAUCUUGUCUAUAGUGCUCACCAUCGUUGUUUUUACUUUUCAUUUGUUCUGACAACACUCAUCAACAGCUUGCCAGCAGUGAUAGUCCUGCCCAUGGUGCUGAUUGGCAAAUCGGUGGUAAUUGGUCAAUGUUAAUUCAACAGAGAAGCCUCUGUUUCAUGUCACACUGCCAAACAAAUCAGUUAACUCGAGGUCAGAGAAGUGGGUAGAUUCAACAAGUUUGAAGUUGGUUUAAGUGCUUCUACGAUCAGGGUGAUGGGUGAUAAGACAUGACAACUAAGAAUCAGCCUCUCUGAAUUAAAAUCUGUGAAUCUAUAGACCAAUAUACCAAAACAAAAAGGGUUAUUUUCAUCACCAAAAGGCCAGUUUUAUUACUUUGGAUAACCUGAGUUGCAUUUGAGUUACAGUUUGUUACGGAGCACUAGAGAAAAUGAUCCACUGGGGUCACACAGACAAUUUUUAUGUCUUCAAUCCAAAAAUAUGUUGCAAAGAAUGAAGAUUGCUUCUUAACUGUGUGUAUCUGAUGCUGCGUCAGUGUUCGGUGAAGCUUUGCUGAGCUGCAGUUUACUGAGAUGUGAACUUUACAUGAAGGUGAAACAUUCUUAUCCUGUGUUACUGGUACGCAAUCCACAUGUAUGUUACUCUUCAAAUGCAUUUAUUUUUUAUGUAUGUCUUUUUAAUGAUAGUGGGUGUUGUUGGUUGGGUAUAGCAGAGCUACAGAGUGUUUGGCCAGUGUAACCAUGCUACUGUAAGAAAGAGGUUUCAAUCACUUUUUUUUUUCCUAAA